ACGGGCAGUACGUUUGGUAAUAUAUUAGGACAAAGCUGACAAGUUGGAAUGAAUAUAGCUCAUUGUGUACAUAUCAAAUUUACCAAUAACGAUUAUAACGCCAGCGAUCUUCUAUACAUUGUAUAAAAUGAACUGUGUAAUUAGUACGUGGUGAAAACAUAAACGACCAUGAACGACGCAAUUAAUAGGAUCACCAGCAUGUUUUACUGUCACAUAUACGCACUGAAUUACGACGGUGCCCUUAAAGAAGCUACCGUGCUUACAGCAGACUGAAUAGAGAAAAUUAGUUGCGUCCCACCAUGUGACAGAGAUUAAAACAUUUCAUUCUUGGAUUAGGAAACUAAGUUGUCGUUGUUCUCUGUGAAGUUUGAUCUUUUGGAUUCCAAUAUGGUGGACAAAAAAAAGGACUGUUUAAUAAAUAAAAGGUCUGGCUGCCCAGAACAGUUAUCUACCAAAAACUUAUGUCUGGAAAAUGCUAAAACUCGUAACCAAUUAGGGGCACCAAAAGGUGUUGAUGAGCAUCCUCCAGAGAGAUUUCCAUUUCUGCCUGCCUUUGCUGAAAAUUUGAUUCAUUAUUUUCGUAAGUUCAAACUAAAUACAGCCAACAGUUAUAUAAACAUUAUUGAUAAACUUGAAACUCAACUAGCAGAUAUGGAUUUCCUAGGCGAAAAUGAAUUAAAAUCUUAUGUUCUUUCUGAGACGAACAGUGAUAUACUGCCAAAUGCCAAUGGUGAAAAGGAGAAUGAUGUUCAAUUGUAUGUACGUAAUACAGGGAAUAACAGGAUAUACUUCAACAAAGAAAGAAAAGAAGAACCAUUCAUUGAAGAUGCUUGUUUUCCUGAAGAAUAUACUGAAUCAUUAGCGUGGAAGACAGCCAUUAUGAGAUUGGAGACAUAUUGUGAUAGAUUGCAGAUUUUAAUGAAAGGCCAUUUUGAAACAAAGUCUAUGCAUUUCUCAUUGGACAGUAAAGGUAGUAAUUCCAAGCCAUUGCCAGAACAGCAAUUAAAACAAGUUUUAGAAAAAAUGCUGCAUGACAAAAACUUUAUGGAAGUACUUCUAUUACUGAUGUCCUCUUGUGAGAUUGACGCUUUAAUGAACUAUUUAAAUAAACAGGUAGUGCCCUCAACUAAUAGACGGUGCUUGGGGGGAGAUACUAAUGGAUCCCCGAGUGGAAUACCUUGUUUUUUGAUAAAACUUUAUCGGGAGUUACUCCGGGGAAGACCUAGCAUUGUUUUGAAAAUAAACCACUUAAAAGCAUCGUCACUUAAAGACUUAAUUGUCAUUGACGAGAUUCAAGACAUUUUCAGCAUCGACAGCACCCAAAUAUUUCAAAAUGUCAAAGAAAGACUGAAAAAGCGACCCAAAGAUAUGGAACACCAUGCAGGUAUCAAUGUCGACAAAAAACGCAAGUAUAAAUUAAAAGAAAUCAAAAAAACGCUAAAAACGCUACCCGAAGAAAGGGAAGACCCAGUAGGUUUCAUCGUCGCCAGAAAACGCAAGUACAUAUUAGAAGAAAUCAUACAAACACUGAAAAGGCAACUCAAAGAAAUGGAAGACAAAGCGGGUUUCAGCGUCGACAGAAAAAGCAUGUAUAUAUUAGAAGAAAUCCAAGAAACACUGAAAAGGCUACCCAAAGAAAAGACAGACAUAGCAGGUUUCAGUGUUGACAGAAAUAGCACCCAAAUAAUCAAAGGUACACUGAAAAGGCAACUCAAAGAAAUGGAAUGCCUCGACAGCAAGUGCACCAGUAUAUUUCAAAAAGUCGAAGAAACACUGAAAAGCGGACCCAAAGAAACGGAAGACAAAGAAGGUUUGGUCAAGCUGUUUGCAGGGUUUUUAACUGUACUGGUUGAGCCGACAGAGAUUGAGGAAGUCAUGCAAAGGACAGAAAUGACACCUUGUAUGCGGGAAGAGGCGUCACCACCAACUGCCUUCUCAGACUCGUCUUCACUAUCUCAGUCAGAGAGUUUGAGUUCUCUGGAAUGGGAGGACCCUCCAACCGAUACACUCCGUCAGCUACUAGACACAGCAAUGGGACGCGAGCCAUUGCCUCCUGAUACAUCUGUUUCGUUUAUUAUACAGGUACCUAUUAUAGAUUUAAUGGCCAAAUCUGACGAGGAGCCAGAGAGAGACUUGUCACAAACUGUGGCUUCAAGUCUAAAUGGUUCUGAAACGAAAGAAAAUAAUCUCACUGAGACCCUGUCUCCAGCGAAAGAAGAUGAAAAUUAUCAAACUUUGGAAAAAAACAUUAAUUUGGUGCAAAUUGUGAUUAACCAGCUCACGCUUAAACAGUUUUUUUAGCAGGUGAAAAGAUUAAAAAUGUAAUUUAGUAGCCCUGAUUUGAUAUAAUACCCAUGGUUGCUGUGUCAUCUGUUGAGGGUGCACUCUACCAUGCUAUUUAGGAUGUAAAGUAUGAUGCAGAAAUAGCAAAAAUCAGUUCGUUCUUGUUAGGUUCACACCGUAACAGAUAAGUGUGUAUAU